AUGUCCUCCAUGUUUGAGAAUAUUAGUAAGAAUUUGGUCAAAGAGCUCGGAGACAAAGACCUGACACCUGUGAAACACCUGCUGAACGCCAACAAAUUCCGUCAGUUUGCAAUUUUACGGAAGAAAAAGAAGACUCUCUCACAGUUCUGGGAACUACCUGAUAUUCCAGUAGAAUACACCCUCAUGGACAUCCUGGAGCCAAGUUCUUCAGUCCCAGAAACUGUUAUCAAGGGACCAUUUAUCUUCAGUGACACCAUGUUCCGGAAGUACAAGGCUUCUGCAGGUGUGACUGCCAUGCUAGAAACGAAUGUGUCAGGGGAAGCUACGAAGUGCCAUGAAACCUUCCUCCAGUUUCACGCUGUUACCUUCCCACCCCAAAACUGGAAAGACCUUCUAAAGAGGAAAGUGUUGGAUCAGGAGCUGCUGUUUCUGAGGAAGUGCCGGGACAGAGAUGACAAUCUCUAUGUGGUGACAGAGGCCGUGGAGCUGAUCAACAGCACGGUGUUGCAUGACAGCAGCAGUGUGAACGUUUUGGGAAAAUGCUUUAUCCCUUGGAUGACUUCUGUCAAG